AACCACAAAACAUAUAUAAGAACCGAUAAACCAGAAUUCUUUAGCAAGAAAAAUGAGAAGUCUUCCAUAAUUCCUCUAUAGAAUAUAUAGUUUCAUUCAUUAAUCUUCGAUUUCCUCUUCUGCUACUUGACUAGCACAUAUAUAUAAUAUCAUUAGUAGUUGAAACACAUUGAUAACCAUACAUAUAUAGCGACCAUGGAAAGCAUUCUAUAUUCAACACAAGGUGAGAUGGGAAGGAGAGUACUGGGGCUUCACCAUAGGCAUAUUCACUGGGAAAUUCCAUCCGUGAAUCAAGUUAAAGUUGCACCAGCAGGAGAAUUGCAAGUAAAGAGGGUAGGACUAAGUCAUGCUCUUACUACAUUCAGUGCUGGUGGUAGUAAAGUGAAGAGUCUCCAAGCUGUAGCGCCUGCGGUUUCGACCAGAGAACAACAACAAGAGGCUUCUUCUCUCACCUACAAUGAAAAGAUGUUGGCAAACUAUGUCCCAGUCUAUGUAAUGCUCCCAUUGGGAGUCGUUACAAUUAAUAAUGUCCUGGAAGACAAAGCCAGGAUUGAGAAACAGCUCAAGGAGCUAAGAGCAGCUGGAGUGGACGGGGUAAUGGUAGAUGUCUGGUGGGGGAUCACUGAAUCCCAAGGACCUAAGCAGUAUGAUUGGAGUGCUUAUAGGAGCUUGUUUCAAAUAGUCCAAGAACAUGGAUUGAAGUUACAAGCUAUAAUGUCAUUCCACCAGUGUGGGGGUAACGUAGGAGAUGUUGUUAACAUCCCACUGCCACAAUGGGUACUGGACAUCGGAGAAUCAGACCCUGAUGUCUUUUACACCAAUCGCUCAGGUAACAGGAACAAGGAGUACCCCAGUCUUGGUGUGGAUAACGAGCCUCUCUUCUAUGGACGAACUGCUGUUGAGAUAUAUGGAGACUAUAUGAAGAGCUUCAGAGACAGCAUGUCAGAUUUUUUUGAAGAUGGACUCAUAAUAGACAUUGAAGUGGGGCUUGGCCCUGCGGGGGAGCUAAGGUAUCCCUCUUAUCCACAAAAUCAAGGAUGGGUUUUCCCAGGCAUUGGAGAAUUUCAGUGCUAUGACAAAUAUCUCAAGGCAGAGUUCAAAGAGGCUGCAACAAGCGUAGGACAUCCCGAGUGGGAAUUGCCAGAUAAUGCAGGGACAUAUAAUGACACACCCACAUCUACAGAGUUCUUUGGACCAAGUGGUACAUACCUUACUGAGAAAGGGAAGUUCUUCUUGACUUGGUAUUCUAACAAGUUACUGGGCCAUGGUGACCAGAUCCUGGAUGAAGCAAAUAAAGCUUUCCUAGGCUGUAGAGUCAAGUUAGCAGCCAAAGUCUCCGGAAUCCACUGGUGGUAUAAAGCUGAUGAUCAUGCUGCAGAGCUUACUGCAGGAUACUACAACUUGAAAGAUAGAGAUGGGUACCGACCCGUAGCAAGGAUGCUAUCCAGGCAUUAUGCCAUUUUGAAUUUCACUUGUCUUGAGAUGAGGGACUCUGAACAAAGUUCUGAUGCCAAAAGUGGACCUCAGGAACUUGUUCAGCAGGUUUUGAGUGGAGGCUGGAGAGAGAACCUAGAAGUUGCGGGAGAGAAUGCACUUUCAAGAUAUGAUCGUGAUGCUUGUAAUCAAAUCCUCCUAAAUGCUAGACCUAAUGGUGUCAACAAAGAGGGUCCACCAAAACUACGGAUGUAUGGGGUGACAUAUCUUCGCUUAUCAGAUGAUCUAUUGCAGAAAAAUAAUUUCAACAUAUUUAAGACAUUUGUGAAGAGGAUGCAUGCCAAUCAGGAUUACUGUCCAGAUCCAGAAAAGUACAACCACCACAUAGGUCAAUUGGAGCGAUCAAAACCAAAAAUGCCAAUUGAAUAUCUGCUAGAAGCAACUGAGCCAAUGGAGCCAUUCCCAUGGGACAAAGAAACAGAUAUGAGUGUCGGUGGUGCACUUUCUAAUUUGAUAGACAAGAUCCUUUCUAUAUUUAAGUGAGAAUAUGGCCAAAUGUGAAGAGAAGCAGCAGUUAAAGAAUCAAAUAAAAGAGUCGGUUCUGGGGAAAAAAUAAACAUCCAUAGUGGCAAUGUUGAAAAAAGUGCUGGGUAUCUGCUUUUCAAAUAAAAGAUCUGUAUUUUCAUUUCUGUAUCAAAUGUACAAUUAUAUUGCACUUAGUAUAACUCACCAAUAAUCA